GGCGGCGCGGCGCGGCGCGGCGCGGGCGGGAGCGGGGCCGGCGGCCGCUGCCCGCUCAGGGUAAACUGUGAAAAGCUUCGGAUAACAGGUCUUCAGCUGUCCUGAUGCUAUCAUCUGGGGUGGAAUCCCACCUUGAUUCUUCCAUGUCUGCAGUGGUAGAGGAACUGUACGCUGGACUGCCGGUCAGCAUCUCCACUGAACUUACGGCUGCCUCGGAGCCCGAUGCUGGGUUAGAUGCAGAGUCUGACGCAGCAACAGCUGUGCUAGCGCACAGGGGCAGUUUGCCGUCGGAGCAUCGUAGGACUUCUGGAGUGGAAAACUUGUCUCAGAAAACAGAGAAUUUGGGUGAUAUGCCCAAGGUGAUUUUGCAUGGGCUAGGAGAAUCCUUUGCUGAAGAAUUGCCAAAGUCAAGAGACCCUGAAGAAGAUGAAGAAACAAAAGAAAGAAGCUCUGGGAUACCGGACUCUUCUAUUGGUGGAUACCAGAAAGAAGAUAAAGAGGGACAAGAUGCUGAGAAAUAUCUUGCUGAAUACUGUGCUUUAACUCCUGAGGAAAGUUGGUGGUCAAAACAAGAGGAGCUUCACUUAAAUCAGCAUGAGGUGAAGUUUUCAAGCAUAUGUUACACUGAAACACCAGGAUCUCUGAAGAAUAAAGGAGAAAACCAAGCAAAUGUUCAGGUGACAGCUGAAACUCUGCCAAAGCCUGCUGAAGAAGCACAAGGUAUGAAGGCUGAUGGUACUAGGAUAUUUAGUAAAGCAGGAUACAGGAAUGACAGAGUGAGUAAAGAUCUUCCACCUGAGAGCAAUGAAUGUCCAGAUGUAGGCACAGUCAUGGCCAGUGAUGAGGUUUCAGAAAACAGCAUGUUAGUUUUUUCAGAGCCUUUGACAGUCAGGAAUGUUGAAUCAGCCACUGAACAGCCACAAGAAAUAAAUGAAUAUAAUGAGUUAAAAGCCUAUUCUGUCAUGCCAGUGACAACAGGGAGUAACGUUACAUCUGUUUUGGAAACUAGAGAAGAAAAACUACCCAGGCAAAAUCCUGUUAAUGAAUUCAAUACAUCACUUGCUAUUUGCCAGACCUGUCAGCAGGAUGAACAAAACAGUGCUCAUGACUUAGGUACAGGAACAGUACUGAAUAAUGAACCUGACAGGUUAUCAGUAAGGAGUUUCAAAACACUCUCCAUCAAAACUUCUGAAGUUUCAUGUUCUGUUCUGAAAGGCAGCUGUUACCUGGACUUCAGAAAUACGCUGCUAGAAAGCAGCAGUACUGCAAUCUGUGGAGUUAACAGUGAAAGUCAGGAAGAGUAUCUUCCUGAAAACGUGGAAAGUCAAAGGCAUCGUGACCAUGGAACUGGGUUUCUAGAGAACCAGACCUCCAAAUCCAUACCAGUAGAACAGCUCUCAGUGGAAGGGAAUGAAGAGCUAUGUAGGGAUAAAACUGAUCAUAGAGAAGUAAGAAAGACAGAUAAUUCAUACAACUCUGAAUUUGAAGAAGCUGCUGAAGUCCAGAGAAAAAUUGCUAUGGGUGGUAACACUGAAGAUAGUAGUUUGCCUGAAGCUCGAGAAGAUGUUAAUUUGGAGAGUUGUCAUUCUUCAGUUUUUAGUUCUAUUCCUUCAUCUCCUGAGGAUUUCUCAAAAGAGAAAAUAAAAAUCGUCCCAUCAGAAGCUGGUAAGUGGAAAAAGGACCAACAGCAAUUAGCUGCCAGUGAUCUCCACAAGGAUGGUAUAGCAGAAAAUAGUGCAUUGGCAGAAACGAACAACGUUAUUCCCCCUGAAUCUGAGCAGACAUACGUAUGCUUUUGUAAUACUUACAACAAAAACACUACUUCUCCCAGUAGCCAUGGCUGUCUGGAACUCGGUACCAACUUAGAGAAAGGUUCAUCUGUGCUACAACUGCUUGAAAAGGAAUCUGAGAGUAAUAUAACAUCAGAAGAGUUGGCUGGCAAUUUAGUUGAAGCUACAGAAGCCAAUAGUAGUGACAGUCUAUCCACUGGCAGAGAAACUAAUUUGGUUUAUACACUAAAUAUAACUUUACCUCCUGUUGCACAAAAAUCAAGAGUACCUCAUGAUAAUGAACUUACUACUUGUACAGCCAAUGAAGUUUCAAGCAGAGACAAGGCUCAGGAUAACCCAUCUGGAAAAGAAUCAGGUGGUGCUUCCGGAGCAAUGGAGGAACAAAUCACUGACUUGGUGACUCCAAAAGACAAACUUAACCCUUCAGUAAGUCUUAAGGCUACUGAUACCCCUAAUACGACAAGCAAAGUUUCCCAAAAGAACAUGAUGUCUUUGCUGGGGAGUAUAGACAGUGUGGUCACUGAUUCAGAAAAUGAACAGUGUGACACAUGGAAUUGUAACCAUCAGAGUAUAAAAGACCAGUAUACAGCUGCCAGUUCUUCCUGUAUUUUAUCAGAGAGUGUACAUGUAUACGAUGACCUCCCAAACAGUCAUCUGUUUAAGGGUGAGGUUGAAACAAAGAUUGGAGAAAGAUUGGAAGGAGAAGAUUCAGCUGGAUGUAAUAGUAAACAAGCAAUCACAUUUGAAAAACACUUCCCUUCAGCAGAUAAAUCUGUUCCUUGUGAAUAUGCCUCGGGUAAUGGAAGCAUAGCUCUGCAUGUGAUAAAUCAUAGUUCCAUAGCAAAAAACAUGUUUUGCUCAGCUUCUACUGCAGAGAAGACUACCUUGUUAAGAGAUGAGAUAUUAGCUAAAAAUAUGGAGGUUGGAAAUCUGAAAGAGUUUGAUCUUGAUAAAGAUGGCAAUGAAAUUAUUUGUGACAGAGAUGGGGCACAAGAACAAAUUAGCGUGUGUGCUCUCCAGGUAAAUAAAUUUGAUAAAAUAAGAACUGUGGAUUUUCUAGAUGCUCCUGAAAGCAAUCAGAGAAAGGAGUCUAGUGAACAACUGUUAGUCAGAUACUUGAUCAAAAAACAAUGUGUUCAUAAUCUGGGAUUUUGCAACUCUCCAUUAGGCCUGAAGAAGAGAGAACUAGGCACAUAUGAGGAGAAAGUUAUGUCAUCACUCACAGCUAAUCUUUCUGAAUGCAGUGCUUCAAUUUGUGAUUCGAGUCCUUUAUUUGACAACUUGAAUAUCCAAAGACCACAUGCUAGUCAACCAGCAAAGAUCAUAUGUCCAGUUGAAAAUCAGUUUCUUGCAGGUCAAAGUGAGUUAGUUGGACCAGUUCCAGGCAGCAAGCAAAAUGAAGUUGAGCUGGCAAAUGAAAUUUUGGGGACUGAACAUUUAGAAAGCUUACACAAACAAUCAAACACUGGUGUACAAACUUUGGUUACUUCUAUAGAAGAAACUAAAAUAUCAAUUGGCUCUAGUCAAGGUGAAGAGAUACUAUUAAUAAAAGGUGACAACCUGGCUCCAUUAGCUCAUAAAUGUGUAAGAGAAGAGAGUUUUCAAGGAACUGUUAAAGGUAACUCUGUGGAUUUUGAUUCUUUAAAUCAUGUGGGGAAUGUAGACCUUGCAGGAUACACACACACUGUCAACAGUCUAACUGAGAAAGAAACAAUAGAAUUAAAAGAACCCAAGAAAAGAGGUGGAAAAGAAGAUAAAAGAACUUUUGAAGAAGGCUUUUCUGAUAGCAGAACACCUUGUUCACAGCACACUUGCUCUAUCAGUUGUUCAAAGGAGAAGGGAGAGUUACUAGCGUUUGCAGGAAACACAGUGCAGAAAACUUUGUCAAAGAUGAAAUGUUUGGUGGGGGAUCAAGAAAAUAUAGUUAAUGCCCCAUCUUCAGCCAUAUCCACAUCAAUCCAUGGGAGUCUGUCAGGUGAGUCAGAAAAGAAGAAUCUGUUUUCAGGGAUGGAAAACAAAGCAAGUCUUAGAAUAAAACCUAUGCUAGAUAACUCUCACCAGCAGUUAAUAUUUGAGCCUGAUAAAGAAACUGAUAUUCAAAAGGAUAAAGACCCACUCCAGCCAAGGAAGUUUGAGAUCCAAGAAGCUUUUACCAAGACUCAUGUGGAUUUGGAAACAUGGACAGCUGUGAACUUGGAAGCCUCUCUGCCUCAGAAGGAAAAGCUGUGUAUGUCACCUGAGAAUACAGAAAUAGAUAAAUGUGACUCGUCUUCAACAUACGUUUUUAGCAAAGAAUUUUCAGUGACAAAACCUCUUUCUGUAACAAUGUCGGUUAAGAGAAAAGCCAGCAUGUAUAUCCGUGAGAGUCCAUCUUCAGAAAAGGGAAAAGCAGCUACCUUUCUGCAAGACACAAAGAGCUCCAAAGUUUGUGCACACAGUAAAGAAGGGCCUGCAGAUAAGGGAGAUAGUGAGCUGAAUCUAAAAGACAUGGAUGUAACUUCAUCAGAAAAUACUGACUGUAGAGAGAAGUUUAAGAACGCAUGUGUAGAAGACAAGAUGGAGAAGGAAGUAACACCUGGGAAAAGGUUGCCAAUAUAUUCUACUCUUGAUGAAAGGAAUUCCCUACAGUUCUUAGAAAAUUCAAAACAGUCUGGUAGCAAAGUAGUCCCUUUCAGUGCUGAGAAGGUUUCAGAAGAAAUGCCAAGAUCUAACUUAAAAAAAUUUUCAAAAAAAAGAAAAAAUGCUACAAAACCCACAAAUUCAGCAGGUCUCAAUCUACUUUCAGAAACUAUACACGAUUGUCAAGCAGAAGAUCUAUCUGACACAAAAAUUUCAUCAGAAAUCCAGUAUAAUGCAAUACACACAUUUUAUCCAUGUACGACUAUACAGUCAAACAGUUGCAAAGAAUUGUCUCCAAAUUUAGUUUCCAGGGAAGUAUGUGUGCCUUACAACUUAAAUGCAGAGAGCAAGGAUAAUAUAAAGGAGAUCAGAGAAGGCCAAGGCAGUACACCAGUUUGCAAAAAAAAUGAAGUUUUAGGUUCAGGGAAACUUGAUCAAAGAAAGAAAUGUCAGGCAUCUAAACGAAAGAAAACAUACAAGGAAAUGGAAGCACGCCUGUCAGACAAGGCACAACAAGAACAGAAAUCAAAUUACCAAGCAAAAGAAAAAAUCACACUGCAACCAAGCAUGUUGUACAAUUUGGAACUUUUAUGCAGCUCUUCAAAUGAAUUAGUGACAUCAAAAAAUAAAAAGUUUGAAGGUCCUUCAGAGCAGAUUUUUGCUGUCAUAAGCAGUGAAAAUAAACUAUGUAGCACUUUACAAGAUGUAAAAAGGCCAAAGAUUACCACAGAUGUUAUUAGGUCACAGUUUUUGAAGACUCAGGAUUCAGAAGCAGAAAACCUGAGCCUUAAUUUAAAGUCCUGCAUUAGAUUGUCAGAAGAUGGUACUCCUUUAAUUUGCGCUUACCAUCUACCACCACAAACUGCAUGUGAUGAAACCCAUGGUGCCUUUGGAACUACAAAUAAACUAGGAGGACUUCCUCCAUUAAAGAAACAGCCUGGAAGGGCAUGCAAAAAAGUUCCCACAUCAGAUCAACCAAAAAGUGUAAGAAGAAGCAACAAAAUUCAAAGUUCAGCUCUGAAGACUCCCUCAGAAACAUUCUGUAAGCAGGAAAACAUACUCCUCAAUUCUUUGUACUUUGCAUGUAAACUGCCAAUAAUGGAAACAGAAAUAGCUAUGAGACUGGUGGACGUGCCGAGGCAGAGGGCCAAGAGGUGCAGUUUGUUGAACAGCUUGAGAUUUAGAAAAUGUACCAAAGAACCAGCACUGCUAAGCAAGCUGUCUGUAAUGGCCAAUAAACUACUGGCACCUGCCAAAAGUAUGCAUAACUUAAAGUCUCUGCCAUAUUCUUCUGAAAUUUUUCCAGUGGCUGAGAGGUACAGCCAACGUAGAGCUAAAAAUCUGUUGGAAGCUUUUUCCUGCAUUAACAGGAACUUACACUCACACUGGGCUGACAGCUGGUGCACCAAGAUGUUCAGCUUUCAGUCUCUGGCACUUUAUCCUGUAGAAUCUACCAAAAUACCUUUUUUAGACUUGAGCCACAAGUCUCCGUCCUCACUCUUAGAUACCCCAGUUUUCCCAAUUUCUUUUCAAAUAAAAUUGGACUCCAGUUCUAUGACAGACCUCACAGGGAUUACAUCGCAGUGCUCUGUACAUCACAGACAGCUUUUGAGAGAAAUGCCAGAACCGCCUUCAGAGUGGACCUUCUCUUUUCUCCUGACUCAGAGCUGUUCAAGUACAACAGCUUCCAGGGAAGAUUUCAGUCUAAAUAACGAGUUGCAUUCUUCUUGCUCUUUAACAUCUCCGGGGGCUGCUGACCUUCAUCCUGACCAUGGAAGAAAUGCCAUAGCUGAAAGAAGAGGAAGUUACUCUAUGCUUGGCCUUCACACAGUGUUAGCACUUUCUUCCCCUGGAUGUUACAGGAUUUGGACAAGAAGAAGGAAUUUAACCAGUCGUAUUCCUACCAUCCAGAGACUAUUUAUGUCACAAUUCACACAGGGUUUGAAAGGGGUAAGGUAUGCAAGUUCCGUAUCAGAUGACCUCUUCUCUUCAUUGCCGUACUCACUGGGCAGGGCCCUAUCCAUAUGGAGUCAGCAUGGUCCUUCUGCCUGUCCCUCCGAAAUCACUCCUCUCCAUUCCAAUCAUUGCAAGUGGCAGCCAAGUGUGGGCAUCGAGAACAGCUAUGGCAUGUUACCACACUUACCUGUUCAGAGUACAGAAGCUCUACAGACAGCAGGUCAUGAGAUAUGUUUGGAACCUUCAUUCCCUCUUCCAUUACCACAGUCUUGCUCACUUCCAGAAUCAUCAUCAUCUCCACUCAGGCUUUCCGCAUCAGAACUCCAGCUCACUGCCUUUGAUGAAGCUGGUACUUCUGUUCCAGCCUGUCUUAGAUCACAAGAUGACACAGACCUGAAAAAAACUGAGCCAGAAAAGAGGCCAAAGAAAGUCUCUCAGAUCAGAAUCAGGAAAACUGUUCCUAAGCCAGACCCUAACCUUACUCCUAUGGGACUACCCAGACCAAAAAGGCUUAAGAAGAAAGAAUUUAGUUUAGAAGAAAUUUACACAAACAAGAACUAUAAGUCCCCUCCUCCAGCCAGGAGUCUGGAAACAAUCUUUGAAGAGCCCAAGGAGAAAAAUGGAGCCUUGAUCUCUGUCAGCCAGCAGAAGAGGAAGCGGAUUCUGGAGUUUCAGGACUUCACUGUUCCCCGGAAGAGGAAGGCACGAAGCAAAAUCAAAGUAGUGGGUAGCUUCACCCGAGCAAAAAAAGCUGCACUACAGGGUGCAGAGUUAGAUGCUCUUCUGAUUCAGAAGCUAAUGGACCUUGAAGCCUUUUUUGCAAAUGAGGCUGAGCACGAGCAGGCCUCUAGCAGCUGAGAGAGGCAUUCAGCUGGAAAUGGCUCAAUCAGCUCCUUUUAUGUUUUAGUCCACUGAGAAGAAAGCUACCCACUUCUUCAUACCUUACUCUACCACUCUGUUCUAAUAUGUGAUGAUCAGUUACUGGCUGCAGACCUCUUUAAGGUGCUAUUUUUUUAAUGCUAUGAGAGGGAUUCUCUGAAGCCCUAAGAGUGUGUAACACAGCUCCACAUGAUUCACUGUUCUUGCCCAACCUCUAGAAAUUAUGGCUAAUGUUUAAUUAUGUUUAACACUUUUUCAGGGUAGAGUAGGAAUAUAAAGGAGGAAGUAGUGCACCUUCAGUGAUACUAGGACUCUAUACUCCAGAACAUUUGCACAUUUUAGUCUGCUGUUGUUACUGUAGUAGCUAAUUUGAAAAACCUUACAGAAGAGAGAGGGUGUUUGGCAAGGAUGAAUUCUAGUAAAGGCCACUCUUGAUAUACCACUAACUUUUUAAUAAUUAAAAGUAGCAGUCUUGAGUUUGCUUUCAAUUGUUUCCUCCUCCUGUUUACUUAGAAGGUUCCUUCUAAGUUUCUGUGCCCUUCCUGGCUUCAGACAGCAGAAGCCCCACAUGACUAGACUUUAAAUAACUUGCACUUUGUAUGUUUCUUCAGUUGCUGCAUGAGGACGCCUUUUAAUGUGAUGCAUCACAAAAUAUAUAUAUAUAUUUUUUAACAAAAAAUAAUGCCCAGUGCUAAGUUCUCCCAAAUAGUAGAGUGAAUUUUUACCUAGUUUGCUGGUAGCCCAGAAGGAUGUUAAGCUGCAGAACACUUAAGUAGCGAUUCUUAUUCAGCUGAACUGCUGCUUGCAGAGAACACCAGCAAGAAUAGUUUUUUCUGAGAAUAAUUUUUAAGUGAUUUUAAUUCCAAUAAAAAUAUCAACUGCAUUUUAAUGCCAACACCAAAAUAGAUUUGUUCCAUCGGGGAGGGGGGAUUUUUCUUGUUUUUCACCAUUUUAGGUUUACAGUUCAUAUAGCUCAUAAUUAGAUCUUCUCUGUACAGCACUAUUGUAUAUAAUGGCUAGUGUUGUACAAAGAGUCUCCUAGCAUGUGGAAAGUAUUUUUUUCAUUAUGUAAGGCCAUUUGUCGUUAUCUGCUGCAGCACUGGGCAAUUUCUUGGCCAUACCUUUCUGAGGGAAGAGUGUUCCCUUCUGGGAUAACUUCUGUUAAACUUACUUGAAGUAUAAUGCAAAAUGAAUGCUAGCUGCAGUUCAGGUAAUUUCUGUCCUUUAGUGCCUAUAGAAGUUAUUCAGGCAAAGCUUAAUGGGAUGGCUGUCAUUGCUGGGAUGCUCAAAUAUUCCAUUAUUUCUUUCAGUUGUCACUUGAAACUUGCACUUUCUUAUAUAUCUAUCCCUAUAAUGGAAUUUCUGUUUACCUGCAAAAUGAGCAUGUGAACCAAAUGUCUAGUGGGUGGGUAUUCUUAAGUCGCAAUGAAUGCAGGACUGAAAAUAGCAUCAUUAUCUUCUGUUGCUCUGCCAGUUUUGUUAUACUUAACAGAAAACACAAAAUUAACAAGCAACCUGUUGAAUUCUAGUGCUUUCAAAGUAGGGAAAUGGAAGCAGAAUAUAAUACUUUGUGUGCCUGAGUCUUGAAAGAAAUGUAUUCUGCGUUUUUUUUCUCCUAGCUUAUGUGCUGGGAUUUCUAGAAGUUUACAUUCUUGUUCUGGAGGUUAAUCAUCUUUAAUCAGGAAGAAAAGAGGGGGAAGUACAGACAUACAGUAGUGUUGUUUGUAUUUUAGGGGAUAAAAUAACAAGACAGGCAAACUUUGAACAUACUGACAUACUAUUUCAGCUGCCAGGUCUGGUUAACCUAUUUGGACUGCUGUACACCAUUUGAUCCUCUCAUUUUUCAGGGAUUUCUUUUUUAAAAAAUAAAUAAUUUUUCAUGCUGGGGGGGGGGGGGCUUGAGGUCAACUGCUUUUUAAAAAAAUAUUUGAAACUUUCCCUCUCUCUGUAAGCCCAAAUAUUGACUGGCUGGAAGCUGCAGCAAGAGCAGUAUGUAUGCAUAAUGUUUUAUGCUGUAAAAUGAGAUUGUAAAACAGCAUUCAUUCAUUUUCUUCAUUUUCUACUAAUAUGAGAAGCUUCUAGUGCUGACAGAACUGAGCUGUAACCUCACUGCAGCUUUUAACAAAAUAAGGGAAUGGGUGGGGAGGGAAGAAACUUGGGUCCAAGCAGAGUUCAGUCUUCUAAAGUGUUUUGAAAGAUUGAACUUGUUGUGUUUUUCCUUUGGGGUUUCUUUUGUCUGCUUCCUGUUCUGUUGUGUUUCUGGUUGCUUUGAAGUAGUACUACUUAGCUCUCUUAACAGCUACAGCAGAGAGAGCAGAGCAAAGAAAAUACUCAAUAAUUGGAGGAAUUCAGAAAAUGUUGUAAUUGCCUAACAUGUCCCAGACCUUAGAAUUAUGGAAACCCAAAUAUACAGCAUUAUUCUGCUUUAGUAUUUGUAUGAUAGAGAUGUAAGUGAACUGAGACAAAGCAUCUCAUUCUUCCUCCCUGCCUCUCCAGCAUAUAGGUGUUAAUCAUGCUUGUGCACUUCCUCUUUUUUUCAUCUCCCACCUCUGUUUCUAUUUCCAGCACUUGUGGAACAGCUUUGUUCCAUUUGUGUCUGGAGCCUGUACACUGGGAGUGAUGACAGUGCAAAAGCUAGAUAUUUGCCACACUGAGCUACUUCUGUCACAGAUCAUCCCAGGCAAAAUGUAUAGAGGAUGCGUCUUUGGGGGUCUUGCAUACUUCUCUAGCAAAGGAUACGUACACUUGCCUUUUCACAGAAUGAACCAACUUCUGUGAGGGUUCUUUUGCACCAUCAUAUUAAAAAAGACCUUGUACUUACUAUUCACAGAGCAAUGACGCAGCAGAGAGCAGCUUGAGAAAAAACUGCAAAGCUUUUGCUAUGUAUUAUCUCUUAGCAGUGAGCUUUGCAGAGCCAGGCUCUUGAUGAAUUUGCUGAUUGUGGGAGAGAGAAGGGUCAUUUUUCUAAAACUCUUGCUUUCAUCAUGCUACAGCUGGAACAGCAAAGGUUACUUAAUGUAUGUUACAGGGUUUGCCUGACUGUCCUUGGGGCUGUGUACAUUUGCGUUCAGAUGCUUGCUGGAUACAAUUUUCUGCAAGUUGUUCUCAUGUAUUGUAUUUGAUUUGAGCGACCUUUGGUAUAUUAUGUCAGGUGCUCUCCUAGAAUGUGGAUGAUAACUGCGUGAUUAAAAGUCUAUAUGAUGCUAUCAUGUUAACAAAUAGCUCUGUGGGAAUUUGUACAUCUGUGCCGUUAGCCUCCAUCAUGCUCUUGACAUUUUGUUUCUGUUGAGUAGCGUGUGAAAUCUAAAACUUCAUUGUUUCUUUUGUGUGUGUUUUUAAUUUAUGGAAAUAAAUUUUUCUGAGAAAGUUUUA